AUGGACAGCCAAGCACGGGCGGGAAAGAGUAUUCUCCACAAAGGAAUCCCGAGGUACCGGCAGGCCGCACAUGUGAGGCGCGGGGAUGAGGAAGCCUUAGGUCAUGUGGCUGGCUCUGGCGCCAAGGUACCAUUGCGCACUCACACGAUAACCUCAGGUCGGUUGCGGAUCAAGACGUACCAAGACACUCAAAGCAUGCGUGAGGCUUUUGAGCGACUGAAACAAAUCUGUGGUGCCUUCUCACUCGACGAAGAUGAAGAAAUCAGCUGCAUGAUCCCCCGAGUGUGCGAUAGUGGCAACCCAGCGCCGGCGCAGUUGAACCGCAUGCCGGGCCAUCUCAUUGUACACUGUUUUUCGUUUUGUGAUUUGUCGUCGCUUGGACAGCUAUCACGCGUGAGUCGCCGCCUGGCAGCGUUCGCCAACGCUCAUCAUAUAUGGGUGGAGCACGCGAAGCGGUUGAACAAACCAGUCAGAGGACCAGAAACAGCACGCGCCGAUCUCCGCUUUGAGGUGUGUGGCCGGUGGGAUGCGGAAAUACAAGAACACGAACAGGCAUAUGAGGAUUUGCAGAGGCGGCUCCAGGAAAGGGCAGCAGCAGAGCGAGCCGCUGUGCUCGAUGUCGAGGGUGUUCUGAACGAAAACAGACGCAAUGUAAGAGGUGGUGAUAUACUCCGCAGUAGAGGUAGCAACAAUAGCAACAUAUAUAGCGUGGCGGACGUGCAGGCGCUACAAGCAAAAGUAGAGCAACUUGAGGCGGUGAAGCUAGAACUUCUACGCAGCGUGCGGGACCUUGGAGAUAUUUUGGCCCAACAGCAGGCACAGAUACAAGACAUGCAAAAUAGGCUAGCGGUCCGCGUGACUGCGGAGGGAGAUGUAGUUACCACCACAAGUAGUUGCAACACGGUCGAUGGAACCGCAACUCAUGUCAGUCCCCCUGAGUUAACGUUGCACGAACUUACGAACUUCGAACGCCGCAUGUGCCGUUUGGUCCUUGGCACCAUCCCCGAUCUCUCCGUCGUUCUGCGUCGCGGUGUUGAUGACUUCGGUACUAUGGAGAUGCUCGUGCAGCACAGCGGCGGUGAGCUGGAGAGCGGAAUUCGUAAGCGCUGGCAAGCGUUUAAGAGUUUCUUCCCUCCGCUGUCCAACGACUACAGCAAAGCGCGGUUUUAUUUGUUGUCAGGCGAGUCGGCGCAAUCGGAACGCAGGAAUGAGUCUAUCACUCGUUGUAGCGCAAUCGUUCGCCGCCUGAUGAAAAUGUCAGACAGCGAAAUCACCGAUAUUGUGAUGCAAAGCGGCUCUUCGUAG